AUGUCCAACCUCCUCGCCACCCGCAAAGUCCCGCUCAUGGUCGCCGCCGGCGUCUUCGGCGGCCUCCUCUACACGACCUACGGCGGCGUGCAGCAGCCGCGGCCGCGGUCGACCCACGACAACGUGCACGAUGCCACGGGCGGGGCCAUCUCGGAGACGGCACAGGCUAUCGCAGGAACGGGUGGCCAGCGCGCCCGUUCUGGUGAAGACAUGGAGUCGCUGCGCCAGUACGAUCCCAAGGAUACGAGGCUGCAUAGCAAGGACCCGGGGGCGCAGAGCAAAAGGGAGCCGAGCAAGGUUAAGGGGGAGCAGGUUGAGGCGUCGCGGCCGUGA